CGAAAAUAGAGAAAGCGUUGAAUGACUCAGAUUUUCCUUCCUGUUAUUUUUAUUUAUUUUGAGUAAAUAGCAUACUUUGAUUAGCAGUAUGACUGAGGCUUCAAAAGGCAAACGGGAGGAAUAUCUGCAGAAAAAUCUAGCUCUCUUAAAACAGAGAGCUCUGAAUGUUAAGUUUGAUAUUGACACAGUUGAAUAUCAGCCUUUGGAGAACAUUGGAAUUGGAGCCUAUGGAGUUGUCUGCUCUGCAAUAUGCCAGAAAACAAAUGACAGAGUGGCAAUCAAAAAGAUUCCAAAUGUGUUUGACCUCAGGGAUGCUGCAAAAAGAACGUAUAGAGAAAUAAAGAUUUUAAAGCAUUUUAAACAUGAUAAUAUCAUUCAUAUCAGACAAAUUCUAAAACCAAAAGAAUCAAUGAAUGAUUUUCGAGAUGUUUAUGUAGUUUUUGACUUGAUGGAGAGUGAUCUACACAAGAUCAUUUAUUCAAAGCAGGAGCUUACAGAGGAGCAUGUGCGAUACUUCCUGUACCAGCUACUGCGCGGCCUCAAGUACAUCCACUCUGCUCAUGUCAUCCAUCGGGACCUCAAACCAAGUAACCUCCUUGUCAAUGAAGACUGCCAGCUCAGAAUUGGUGACUUUGGAAUGGCACGAGGCUUCACAUCCUCACCUACAGAGCAGAAGCACUUCAUGACCCAGUACGUGGCCACAAGGUUCUACAGAGCACCAGAAAUCAUGCUGUCCCUUAUUGAGUAUAGUGCUGCAGUUGACAUGUGGUCGGUUGGCUGUAUAUUUGCGGAAAUGCUUGGACGCAAAUAUCUCUUUCCUGGAAAGAAUGCCAUAGAGCAAAUCAAGUUGAUUGUUGGAUGUCUAGGCAGCCCAGACCCCCAACUCAUGACCAUGAUCCACUCCCCUCUCAUCAAAAACUUCUUUCAAGAGAUGGGUGAGAAGCAGCCAGUGUCUUGGGUGAAGCUGUAUCCGAAGGCGAGUAAGAAGGCCAUAAACCUGCUGGGACGUAUGUUGGUGCUGAACCCCCAGAAACGCAUCACUGUCGAGCAGGCCCUCGUACACCCUUUCCUUAACAAGUACCACGACCCUGAUGACGAACCCAUCUGCAUACCCACCUUCAACUUUGACUUUGAAAGAGAGGAUUUGAGUUUAUCCCAACUAAGAGAGGUUAUUCAUAAGGAAACCAUGGACUACUAUGAGCCAAGAACACCAACCUUCAGCUUCAAUGCUGACCUUAGGCCCGUGCCACGCUCAACAGAAGGCAGCUCCGGAAAACCAGAUACAGACAAACCAGACUCAGCAUUCACACUCAGAAAAGCUGAAGUUGAAAAUCAUAAGACAGACAUUGUUAUAAAGAAUGAUGCAUUAGAGCAAGAUCAAUCAUCAUCUUUGACACAAAUGCUGACACAAACAUCUGACACAAAAAGCACUGAUGAUGAUGAUGUCUUUAAGAGACCAUUAAGUGCAAAAAAUAAGGAUCCGCAGGUGACUGUAAAAACAGAGAAUUUGCUCAAAGCUGAGCUGUCUGAUGUCGAAAUGUUGAGUGCCAAGUCAACAGACGGCCGCCAGCCCAUGUCUGCAACUGUGAGUGAGGAGAAACGACAUGUAACCGACUCUAAGGAGAACACUGAACCACUGAAGGAUGAUAAACACACAACCAUUUCUGAAGGCACAAAGAAUCUCAUUAAAAAGGCACUGCAGAAUUCCAGUUUCAAAAUGAGGACAGACUCUGUUGGUGAAGAUGACCGGCCUAAGCCUGUGACAGCUGCCAUGAGGCAAAGGGAACGGGAGGAAAGACGCAAAAAGAAAAGUGCAAAAACUCUUGAACGCAAGAAGAGGGAUAAGAAAAAUGCUAAACGUGAUGAGUUGCUGUCAUCUGAGGAUAUUCAGGCAUUGCAUCGGUGGACAAAGAUGCAGCAGGUAAAUGUUCCCAUAGCUCCACGCCCUGCUGUGACCCCCGGGCACACGGCCAAACACUUGGACAGUGCUGCAGGGAACACCAACCUCAGUGCAGCUUGUGAGUUAGCUGGUGGGACAACCGAUCAAGGACAGCAGAACAGCAACAGUAAUAAUGUAUUUUAUGGGAAUAAAAGAAAUGUUCAACAAGAAACUCUGAAUCUCUUACAACAGAGACUGCUGGCAAAUAACCCAGAAAACAAGGUUGGACAGGUGUCCCAGAAUACAAGUUCUGUUCCACAACAGACAGACAACAAAGAAAGUUCUAAUCUCAGUGAGGAUCUGGAUAAAAAUGAAAGCAACUUCAAUGUGGAUUUCUCUGAUGUACCUCUCGGAGAUUUAGACUUUUUAUCAAUGGUAACAAGUCCAGAUAUUGCUAACCUAUUGUCAACUGACCUUCCUUGUGAUGAUCAAAAUGACAUUUCUUCUCAACAGCAUGGUGUGUUUUAUGCUCCAAACACAAUUCUUUCCAACAGGACUAGUUCUUUGACAGUGCCAUACACCACUACUGGCAGUAGUUCACCUAGCUUCAUACAGAACACAUGUUCAGUGAGUGAUGUUGAUUCACAAAGGACUAUACAAUCCCAUGAAAUGCCAGAUUUAUCACAAGGCAUGCUGCAGCCCAAUUCAAACCUAAACAGCCUGUCACCGUCACAGUAUCAGCAGCCUGCAACCUCCCCUGGCUCCCAGCACAGUGUCUCCCCUGUUAACAGGCUCUCACCACAGUUCUUUGGAGGUGAAAACCAGCAGCAGAGUCAGAAUCAAGUAUGUGGGGUGUCACAAACGCAGGACAGCUUUUUGCCAUUUUCUGGCACAGGUGCUCAAAAUGAUUCUGGCGCAGACUUGUUCAUGGGCCCCAGUAAUGGCCAGGGCCAGCAGAUGUCAGGCCAGCAGGUUCAUGCCACAUACCCACCACAGGGGCUGACCGGAUUGCGUGAACAACAAGACUCGAGCUCCAAUUCCAACUCCCCUCCAUUGCAAGUCAAUGUCCAGCAGUCCCAGCUCAGCUUCCAGAAUCUAUUCCAAAGUGCUGGGCCAAGUCAUAUAAUAGGUGCUGGACCAAGCCACAUGACCAGUGGUGCCCAGCAACUUGAUGACACCCAGCUGGAUCUGGUGGGGCUGCUUACCCAGCAGCUAUCCAAGUCUAACGUACAGGACCUGUGUCCUCACUUGGCUCUCACCCCUCGAGGCACUGGGGCCGGGUAUGGCGUUGGUGUCGACCUUGAGGCUCUUAUCAGCAACACUGCCACCUCUAGCCAGCAGCAGGGUCCUGUUCCAGAGCCGUCCCCACUGUCAUCCUCCAUCCUGGCUGACUGGAUGGAGGUGACUGCCAACAUGAACAUCGACAUGGAGGCGCUAGAACAGGAGCUGCAGUCACCCAUGGCCCUCUCGUAUAACGACCUCAACAUGUACCCAUCAUGACAUGUCUCUGAAGCUACUGCAACUUCAACUUAUCCUAAUGUAGAUCAAUCUCAAUUUUACCAUUCAAGGUGUGGGACUAACUUUCCCUUACAAUGAUAUCAACCAUGUAUCAAUUUAAUGUAAACAAAUAUUAUCUCAAAUCUUUACUUAAAUUAAUUGCCACACAAAUGAUGCGCCUGAUUAAAUGACUAUUGUAUCAUUGUUGUACUUCCUACUGUAAUAGAUUGGUAUGGUAUAA